AUGGACUAUCAUCCAUCCCAUAAAGCUUCAAGUGUUUCAAGUACCGGUAGUAGUAGCUCGUCCCUUUGGGAAUCUGUUCCAUCACUUUAUACAGGAAAGGCGGAUUCCGUCUCGAGCGCCUUUGAUGAUUUACUACUACCUGAGCCAGAUGAGGGCUUUGAUUUUCAAUCAUCUACUUCCUUAUUAUUAACUCAAGAUGCGCUUGAAAAGCAACAGAAAGAAUUGGCGAUUCAAGAGGAGGAGAACCAUGAGAUGAUUGAUAAUAAUAGUGUUACCCUAGCCAAGAAGCGUCAUAGGGACCUAUUAUCGGAUGAUCAAAAGAGAGCAAACCAUAUUGCAUCAGAGCAAAAGAGACGUAACAUGAUUAGAAGCGGAUUCAGAGAAUUAACAGAAUUGAUUCCAACAUUAAAGAAUAUCAAUAAUUCAAAGAGUACAAUUCUGUUCAAAUCGGUGGAUUAUAUUAAGCAAUUAGAAAAAAGGAACAAGAUCCUCAAGGAAAGAUUGUUGCUAUUACAACAAAAACUUAAGCAAAAGCAAUUAAAAAAGGCCCUAAAACAACAACAAUUACAACAACAACAACUACAACAACAGCAUCCUAUGACAUACAAUUCAAUUUCAAUUCCAAGUGAUACUUUAUGCCUGCAUCUGUGGAUGAUUGGUUAUUAA